CCCACCCCAUUUUUUCCUUUUUCUCUCUAUUUCUUCUUAUUAUUAUUUAAACAGCAAAUAUGGCUGAAAGAGCAGAAAAACAGUUAGAGAAGUUGAUGAACGAGUUUGAAAAGAAGGAAUAUGCAGUCAAAGACGAUGCUACGACUGUCACGAUUCACGUUGAGCGAGAUCCAGAUCAGUAUCGCAAUGUCGUUGAAAACGAGCCUCGUCGUAUACGAGAAGAUCCAUUCGCAUUUUUAUUUAAUGUGGGACUCUAUUAUCGAGGAGCAGGCUGGCGUGGAUAUAAAGAUUAUAUUGGUCCCAAGAUACUUUACCCAGGCUUCUCAAAGGAAAUGAAAGCCUUGGUGUUUAACAGUCCAAAAGUUCAACAAGUGAUUGACCGAUUGGCAGACCGCCAAACAGCCAUCAUGACCGAGCAAAAGAAAUGGACAGCUACAAGAGUUAAGAAGCAGAAAAGGGCAUUUAGAAAGGAAUUGGAAGUGGUGGCCAAUGCUAUUAUCGAAAAGGCACUUUGUACCCUCGACAGCAUGAGGACACUGAGAUUCUUUGCCUUUGUCGUCAACACGAUCCUUGUUCGACUUUAUCAUCAGGGGCUUCUUAUACGUGAAAGUGAAUGGGUUGAGUUGAAACGAGUAGCACUGGUGGCACAGGAAAAGAAACAAUCACUCAUUCUGUUGCCUUGUCAUAAAUCACACAUUGAUUACCUUGUUGUCUCUUAUCUCAUGUUCCGUCUUGGUAUUCAGAUUCCUCAUAUCAUAGCCGGCGAGAAUCUCGAUAUGCCCGUUCUAGGAAAAUUACUCAAGUCGGUAGGAGCCGUCUUCAUCCGAAGAGAAUGGGGAAAUGAUGAGUUGUACAAGACGAUACUAGACGAGUAUAUUGUUACAUUACUUUCCAAAGGAAUGAAUCUUGAAUGCUUUGUCGAGGGCACUCGAUCUCGUUUAGGCAAGUUGCUUCAGCCUAAAUUAGGAGUUGUCAAGAUCAUUCUAGACGCGAUCAUAGACAAUCGUGUACCAGAUUGUUACAUCGUCCCUAUCUCAAUUGGUUAUGACAAGAUUAUAGAAACUUCUAGUUACGCUACAGAAUUGUUAGGCACACCUAAAGAAAAGGAAAACCUGUGGCAAGUUCUCACCAGCAGCAGACUAUUGCAGCUAAAGUGGGGACGUGUAGAUGUACGAGUUGGAAAACCAUAUUCUUUACGUGAUUGGGUAGACGAUCAGCUCAAGAUGAGAGGUCCAAUGGAUCUAUCGGAUAAUGUACAAAAAUCCAUUCUGAUGAAAUCACUUGGCUACAGGGUGCUUGCAGAUAUCAAUACCAUUUCUGUUGUCAUGCCGUCUGCGCUUGUUGGCACGGUCAUCUUGACACUACGUGGCAGGGGUGUGGGUCGAAGCGAAUUAAUUCGAAGGGUCGACUGGCUAAGACAGAUCAUUAAAGAUAAAGGAGGCAAUGUGUCUGAAUUCUAUGGUAUGUCAACAGGUUCAAUUGUUGACAGAACUAUCCAGAUUCAUAAAGAAUUGAUCGGUGAAAGAAAAGGAAAAGAUAUUGUGGAACCCACCUUCUAUCCUAUUUCACCCUUUGAGCUAUCUUACUAUCGUAACCAGGUGAUUCACUUGUUUGUAGAAGAAGCUAUUGUAUGUGCAGCUCUCUACACUGUCAUCAAAAAGGGAGGCGGGAAACCACUUCAACGAAUGCAGUAUCCUGAUUUACUCAACGAGAUAUCUUUCCUUUCGAGUCUCUUAAAACUCGACAUGAUUUAUAAGCCUGGUGGAGUAGAAAGUAAUACCAAGCGUACGAUCCAAUGGUUGAUAGAUAAUAAUGUGAUCGAGAUGGAUAAAGAGGGAUGGGUAGGAUUGAAUGACUUGGAACGACAGUGUGGCCGAGAAAACUAUGACUUUUUGUGCUUCAUGAUUUGGCCUUUUAUUGAAUCAUAUUGGCUAGCAGCCGUCAGCUUGUACACAUUAACACCACCACAGAGCGUGGCAGGUCCCAUCUGGGUAGAUUCAAAGCUAUUUGCGGCACGCACACAAGCGAUGGGAAAAACUUUAUACUAUCAAGGAGAUUUAAGUUACCUUGAAGCCGUCAACAAGGAAACAUUAAAUAGUGCGUUUACACGAUAUGAGCAGAUGCAUAUCUUAUUAAAGAGACGACAUCAGCAACCCAAGCCUUGGUCAGAAGUUGCGAUUAGCUCUGAUUAUGUUCCUUCACGCCAAAAUGGGGCCUUGGUGCCUAGAGGGCACCUUUGGGAACUGGUAGAAAGGAUUGGUACAUUUAGAAGAGAAGGGAAGAAUCGAAGAGAUAAUGCAACAGUGAGCUCACGCGUACUGAGGAUUGCAGAUAUACUUGCCGAAGACAAUGCUAUUCCGACCGCAAACCAAAAGGCAUUGGCUAAACGAGAUGCUAAAUUAUAAAAAA